AUGAAAAAUAUUACUAGUUGUACAAGUACUACUGUUAAUUUAACAAUUAAAUAUCCUUCAUCAGAAAGACGAAUAUCUUUAACAAAAGCAUAUAGUUGUUCAGAUGCAAUGUCUUCAAAAAUAAAUGGAAAUUGUUUAUUUAUAACACCAAAACAAUUUUUUGAAUUAAUUUCGGAAAAUUCAAAUAUACAUGAACAUAAAUCAUAUCCUAUAAUUGAUUGUCGUUCACAAAUAGAUUUUGGUUGUGAACAUAUACGUUCAUCAUAUAAUGUUAAUUGUCGAGCAAAAAUUAUGGCAAGAAAAUUAAUAUCAAAACGUUUAGAAGAUGUUGAACCAAAUUUAAUAUCAUCAUUAAAUGAUUCUGAUAUUGUUAUUCUUUAUGAUCAAUCAACAGAUGAACGAACUGAAGAAAAAUUACGUUCAUUACCAAUAUAUCUUGUUAUACAAGCAGCAAAAAAAUCAAAUAAAAUAGUACAUAUUAUUCAAGGUGGUUUUGAUGCAAUUAAAAAUCAAUAUCCACAUUUAAUUGAAUCUGCUUGUGAAAUAAUAUCAGAAGAAAAACAUGAACAAGAUCAUUUACCAUCUACUCCUGAAACAGUAGAUAAAGAAAAUUUUACUAUGACUGAAAUUUUACCUCGUAUAUUUGUAGGUAAUAUACUUGAUGCUCAAAAUCUUGAUCGUUUAAAUCAAAAUGGUAUAACACAUAUUGUAAAUUCAACACCUGAUUUACCACUUUUCUGGGAAAAAAACUAUCAAUAUAUGCGAGUUGAUGUAUUGGAUUUACCAUCUGAAAAUAUUCGAAAAUAUUUUGAUAAAACUUUUCAAUUUAUUGAUGAAGCAUUGCAUACAAAAAACAAUAAUGUUCUUGUUCAUUGUUCAGCUGGUAUUAGUCGUAGUCCAACUUUAGUACUUGCUUAUAUGAUAAAAAAAUAUAAUAUGACAUUAGAUGAAGCAUUUAAUAAAAUGCGUCAAUUACGUCAAAUAGUUGAUCCUAAUAUUAGUUUUAUUGUACAAUUACGAGAUUGGGAGAAAUUACAUCAAAUGACAACAACAACAACAAUUGAAACAACUGAUGAUAAUAAUAAUAUGACCUGUAAUGGGACAAGAUCAACAUCAAGUAGUAUUUAUUGUGGUUCAACAUCAAAAAGUAAAACAGAUAAGAAAUCACGUACAGAAUCAGCUAUUAUUGUUAACUAG